UCAUCUUCAUCAUAAUAAGCGAGCAAGCACUCCUUUUCUUUUUGUUCCAACAACGAAAGCCUUGAGUUAGGUUGUUCAAGCUUCCUCGAUCUUAAAUAAAUAAGCUUUUGGCGGCAGUUGUGAGCAGAAGAAUUAAGGAAAAUUUAACAAAAAUGGCAAUGAGUUUAUAUUCUCUCCCACAAAUUAGCACUCACCGUGUUAAAGCUCCACAGAUUUGCAUGGCGUUAACUCUCAACAAUGCACCUCCUAAAUCAGUAACAAUAAAACCAACUCCGAAGAAACCCUCAAGUAACCCUAAACGCGAGAAGCCUAACGACCGUGUUACACAUUCAAUGUCACCCGAAAAGAUUGAGAUUUUCGAUUCAUUAGAAGGAUGGGCAAGAGAUAACAUCUUAAAAUACUUAAAACCUGUUGAAAAAUGUUGGCAACCUAAGGAUUUUCUUCCUGAUCCAACUUCAGAGGGAUUUUAUGAUCAAAUCAAAGAACUUCGAGAGAGGGCUAGAGAGGUUCCAGACGAUUUCUAUGUUGUUUUGGUUGGUCAUAUGAUUACCGAAGAAUCUCUUCCGGCUUACCAGACGGCGCUUAAUACAAUGGAUGGUGUGAGGGAUGAAACGGGGGCGAGUUCGACUUCAUGGGCUACAUGGUCUAGGGCAUGGAGUGCUGAAGAAAAUAGACAUGGUGAUCUUCUUAGCAAGUAUCUUUAUCUUUCUGGUCGUGUUGAUAUGAGAGCUAUUGAGAAAACUACCCAAUAUAUGAUUGGGGCUGGAGUGGACCCAAAAUUUGAGAACAACCCAUACAUGGGUUUCAUAUUCACAUCAUUUCAAGAAAGGGCAACAUUCUUCUCACACGGUAACACCGCAAGGCUAGCAAAAGAGCACGGUGAUAUCAACCUUGCUAAGGUAUGCGGCCUUAUCGCGGCCGAUGAGAAGCGCCACGAAACCGCCUACACCAAGAUAUCUCAAAAACUCUUCGAAGUCGACCCCGAUACAACCGUCAUUGCUUUCGCUAACAUGAUUAGGAAGCGAAUCUCAAUGCCGGGCCACCUUAUGCACGAUGGCCGCGACUUCAACUUGUUCAGUCAUUUUACGGCAGUUGCUGCUCGGCUAGGAGUGUACACGGUCACAAACUAUGCCGAGGUUAUGGAGCAUUUGGUGAACUAUUGGAAGGUUGAUCAACUCACCGGGCUUUCGGCCGAAGGGCGCCGAGCGCAGGAAUAUGUAUGCACAUUGCCUCAUAGAAUAAGAAGUAUUGAAGAGAGAGUUCGAGAUAAGGAAAAAGAAGCGCCUUCUGUUCCUAUAAGUUGGGUUUUUGAUAGAAGCAUCAAACUUUGAUGAACAACUUAUUGACUUUGGUAUGACAAGAAGUUUGUGUUGUACAACGGUUGUAUGUGAAUUGAAGGUAAGACUACGACUUAAAAAUUACACAAAAGUUAAGGGGUAUUUUAUUUUGGUUAUGGGUUUUUAAUAGAGUGGUUGCAACCAAUCAAGUAAUUGUAUUGGUUGCUUUGUUUAAUUUAUGUGCUUGUUUUCAAUUUUAUUACGGUUGAUGUAUUAUUAAUUAGAGUUAACAUGGUCCUUUCAUUGUAAUGGUACACUAGUACAUAAUUGAAUAACAUAUAGAUGUGAUUAUAUUUGAAGUUUGAUAUACAAAUUUGUAAUAGUGAAUGAAAUUUGAGGUGUAUGUUUAAUGGAAAAUUAUUUUUUAUUA